AUGCAAACACCACUCUUGGAGAUGCGCUUGGAACUGGUGGAGGCGGAUAGCAAAGGUAUCGCCAAGGCCUUCAAGCAGGGCGCCCCCGAGUUGCGAGGAUGGAUCGAGCAAGAUCCUGCACGACUGGACAUGCUAGGUGCCUCCUUCUUAGCCUACGCAGAGGAACGUCUUUCGGAGAAGUUGCCCAAGUGGUCGCAGCUCCUACAGGAGCUCCUGGAGGAGUCGGCUGCCGCCAGCCUGGAUGAGGAUGAGGAGCUACAAAAGGUGGCGGAGAAGGCGGUGACGCAGUUGGUGAAAAGUGGCCUGCUGCAAGCGAAGAAGAAGAGCUGUGAAGUGGGCGAUCCAGUCCUGGCGUUUCUGCCUGAAGAUCAAGAAUGGCACCCUGCCGUGGUGGAGGCUCUGGCCCCAGAGGGGCGGCUGAAGCUGAUCUUCAUCGAGUACGGCAAGCCUCAAGAGGUGCCCAUGGACGAGGUGCGCGCCAUGGAGGAUGUUGCGGAGGAGGGCGAAGAAGGCGAAGGCGAAUGUGAGAUGUGUCAGCGCGAGUUGAAGCUCACCUUCCAUCAUCUCAUUCCCAAGGACAAACACCCCACCUACCUGGGCAAGCGCUUGCCCAAUGGGAUCGAAGGGGAACCUACGCGAUACUUCUUGAAUAGCUAUGGUCUGAUGAUUUGUCGUCAGUGCCACAACACGGUGCAUAACAUCGCCAGCAACGAGGUCUUGGCUGCCCAGUACAACACCUUGCAGAAGCUGUUGGCCCACCCCGUGAUUCAGCGCUGGGUCGACUUCGCCAAGAAGCGUCGCAGCAGCAGCGGCAAAGAUUGCCAGGACGAGUUGGACGAGAAGGACUCACGGUCCACAGGGGCCGCCCCGGCCCCGGGGCCCCCGGGGCCCCCGGGCCCCCCGGGGCCCCCGGGGCCUCCGGAGCUGGGUGGCCAUUCCAUCUCCGCGCUGCGCGUUUGUCGCCGCCUGGUUCAGCUUGGUAGUGGAGGACAUGGGAACGAAGAAGAUGCUCUAGGAGGCGAUUUGGGAGAGCUUUCGGGCACUUUUGCCCCACAGGAGCUCCUGACAAGGCCCAAAUUCCUUCACUAUGUGCAGUUCCUCCAGGAAGCUUUAGGCGCUUUAGGUGAAAUGAGGCCUGAUGCAAAGGAGGAGACAGGCAUUGCCGAGGGCGACGCUGAGGAUGCCGUGCAGUUGCUACAUCGAGCUGCUGCGGCGGGUUCAACAACUCUGAUCGAUUUCAUCAUUGGUCGGGGCCUGGCGCCAGUGGAUGGACAUUGCAGCAACAAGCGUCUCAAGGCAGCCACCAGAGCUCAGAGAUCCUUGCAGCAUACUGGCAAGUCGGGACUCCGACCCACUGCCCCGCUCCACAGCGCGGUCGCAUAUCCAGAGGCCGUGGUCGCCUUGCUGCGACACGGAGCACAGCUCACGGCCACGGAGGCCCACGGAGUGAUGGCUGUGCACCUGGCGGCGGCGCAGCAGUCUCCAGAGGUAGUCGAGCUACUCUUGGACGCGAAGGCACCUUUGGCAGCCAAAGACCUUAACCAGCAAACUGUUUUGCACUUUGCAGCACGGACUGGAGUUUCUAGGACCUUGGUGGCUUUGUUGAAACGUUGGCUGGCAGAUGAGGCAACUGCCUCUCAAGGUGCCCGUGUCUACGGUGGCGCACUGGACUGGCGCGACCGCUGGCACCGCACCCCCUUGCACUGGGCGGUGCUGAAUGGACAUCUCGAAAGUUGCAAGGCCUUGCUGGAGGCACGAGCCAAUGCGGAUCCGACGAAGGUGCGUGCCUAUCGCCAUGAGAGGAGUACCUCGCUAAGGCAUGAGAGCCCCUUGGAGAUUGCGCAGCGCAUGAACUCCACCGAAAUGGUGGCUCUUCUCCUCCAGCACGGCGCUGCCGGUUGA